AACACCAUGCCGCAAUUUUUUUGACAGACGAAGGUUAUAGCAUAGAAGGAGGAUUAGCUUGUGAAAGAAUUUAUAGAAAUUAUUAAAAAUUUGUGAAUAAAUACCUAGUUAAGAACAUUAGAAAAUUGCAAAAAACAAUGUGGCCUCGUUUCGGUGUAAAGGUGGGCAACAGUACCCUAUGUAUUGCUCAAGUUAAACCCUCGGAUACAAAGCCCGAUGUGAUAGCCAACAAACAGGGUGACAGAACAUCCCAAGCAUGUCUGCUAUGGGAUGGAGCAGAGGAGAUUGAAUGUGGCUUGACGGCGAAACAAAAGAUGUCUUCUAAGCCGAAACAGGCUGUAGCCAAUAGUUUUCAAUUCCUUAAAGAGCCCCAAGAUAUGUCCGAAGAAUUUCUGGCAAAGGCACAGAGAACCAUACCAUGUGAGUACAACAGUGAGAAGCACACGUUCAUUUUGAAAGCAACCCAACCAUCAGACGAUGACGAAGAUAAGGUAGUGGCAAAAGAACUCUCCGCCUUUGCUGUGCAAGUUAAGCUAUUUGAAUCAGAAUUGGAGCUGGCCAAACAAUAUUACAAUGAACAAGGCAAACCCACGGUGGUGCUAUCAAUUCCCAGUUAUUAUCCCGAGAAGUCUUGGCCAUUGCUGGCUAAAGCAGCGGAAAAGGCUGGCUUCCAUGUGGCUCAGAUUGUAGAUGAGCCGACGGCAGCUAUACUAGCCUACGGUAUUGGCGAGGAAGAUGGAAAUGAUGAAUCAAAAUAUGUAUGGACAAUCAAAUGUGGUGGUAUUUAUUCACAUUUUGCUUUGUAUGAAGUGAGACAUGGACUCUAUACAAAAAUUGAAUGUUUUGGUCCAUUCCCCAUUGGAGGACAACAAUUCACCGAAGAACUCGUCAAGUUUAUAUGUGAAGAAUUCCAACGUAAAUACAAAUUAGAUCCACACGAAAGCCGGCGUUCAUUGGCUAAAAUACGUACUGCUGCUGCCAAUUGUAAACAUAUUCUGUCAACACUGCCAUCUACACAACUUUACAUCGAUUCCCUUAUGGACGGUGUGGACUUUAAUGUACAAAUGUCGCGGGCACGCUUUGAAAGUCUCAUACAACCUGUUAUUAGUAAUUUUAUGCAAACGCUUAAUGAGAAUGUGGAAAAGGCACUGAAGAACCACCCACAUGUGAAAAAGAUCGAUUCAAUUGUUUUACUUGGUGCCACUACACAAAUUCCCAAACUACAGUCUGCCAUAUCCUCGCGUUAUCCUGAUGCUGAUAUAAAUAGCUCAAUUUCGGCCGAUGAGGUUGUAGCCGUUGGAUGUGCCCGUCAAAGUCUGUUCUUGGUAGAUAGCGAAAAACAAGUACUUGAACCCUCGGAGGAGUGUGACUGUGUUGAAGAAGAAGUAACCAUAUGGCAUGGAACACCUGAAGAUGAUGCUAAUGCUCAGAAAUUAUUAAAUCCUGGUGAUGUACUUCCAAAAACUGUGGUCUUGAAUAUUAAAUUAAAAGAAUCCUCCCUGGAUUCGGAAACAUUUCAAAUACGCUUUGGAACAGAGACUGUUCAAGUUAAUGUUCACAAGGCGGCAAGUAGCAUACCUGAAGAGGGCUUUGUACGUUUGGAAGCGGAUAUACAGAAAGCCGAAAAUAGCUCACCGUUGGUUCGUCUGAAAUGUAUAUGAUCUUGGUUCGCAUAAGUCCACAGAAAGCGGCCUACAAAAAGGAGGAUGAGGAUGCACGACGAGCUCUGUUGUAUGCAAAAAUGUUGCCUGGAAUUAUGUUUUUAAAUCCCCCGUACACGCAGAACGCCUUUAAAUACAUAUUGCUUGUUUUUUAGUCUAAAGAAAUUCCUUUUAUUUAAAAUAAAGUAACAACAUUUUUCGUAUUAGAGAAAA